CUGGAGGGCUGGAGAGGGAGCACGCACGAAAGAGAGGGAGACGUAGAAUUGACAAACCAGAGCCUGGGCGAGAGAGGAGGGAAGAAGGAGGUGACGGACCUGCUCCACUGGGACACGGCUGUAGCUUACCGCUAGGAGCUAUCGGCGGGAUCGGCUCAAAAAAAAAGGACCUCAGCUGCAAAAUGCACAAUAAAGCACCGAGUGACGCUUUAUAGCUGUCACAUAGCCCGCGAAGAUCUCCACUGUCUCGUCUCGGCUUCUUUGAUAUCUGGACUAACUGUGCGAGACAGAAUUAAGUGGAUUCAUGGAGAUUCUGUGCAGCUCCGUCGAGUAAAACGCCUGGAUUAUCUGAUUUGACAGCGCGCUGGACGUUUUAAAGGAGAAGCGGCGUUUUUUUUCUGUUGUGCCAUCGCCGCGUCCGGCUCUAGCCCACGACGUGUUUUUGUUUGUAGCUGGGACGGUGUAGUUUUCGGAGCUCCGGCCAUGGCGGACCAAGAGGAGACGUUUGUCCUCCAAAACUCUCCAGGUGGCUCGGAUUCAAGGGAAUUACAGAGCGAUAAUAAAUCAGAGAAACAGAACGGGACCUCGAGCAAAUCCCCAUCAUCACAGACAACGUACAUUCAGCAGGGGAUGGAGGGAAUAAAAGUCUACCUGCACGAAAGGGAGCUAUGGUCGAAGUUCCAUGAAGUGGGAACGGAGAUGAUCAUAACCAAAGCCGGACGGAGAAUGUUCCCCAGCUUCAAAGUGAAGGUCACGGGAUUAAACCCCAAAACUAAAUAUAUUCUCCUGAUGGAUGUUGUUCCUGCGGACGAUCACCGAUACAAAUUCGCCGACAAUAAAUGGUCUGUGACCGGGAAGGCAGAGCCCGCCAUGCCCGGAAGGCUCUACGUUCACCCGGACUCUCCUGCCACGGGGGCGCACUGGAUGAGGCAGCUGGUCUCCUUCCAGAAGCUGAAGCUGACCAACAACCACCUGGACCCGUUCGGACACAUCAUCUUAAAUUCAAUGCACAAGUACCAACCGAGGAUCCACAUCGUCAAAGCGGAUGAGAAUAACGGCUUCGGCUCUAAAAACACGGCCUUCUGCACUCACGUGUUCCCGGAGACGGCCUUCAUUGCGGUCACGUCCUAUCAGAACCACAAGAUAACCCAGCUGAAGAUUGAAAACAACCCGUUUGCAAAAGGUUUCCGUGGAAGCGAUGACAUGGAAUUGCACCGUAUGUCCAGAAUGCAAAGCACCAAGGAGUAUCCGGUAGUGCCUCGCAGUACAGUGCGACAGAGAGUCGGCUCCAGCCACAGUCCGUUCAGUGGGGAGGUCCAAGGCAUGGCCACGCCAAGCACCCUGAGCUCCCAGUACUCCCAGUGCGAGAACGGUGUCACAAGCACAUCGCAGGACAUGCUGCCCCAGUCAGGCUCCUACCCCCUGCCACAUGAACACGGACAAGAGUACCACUGCAUCAAGAGGAAAGUGGAGGAUGACUGUCACUCAGGUGAGCACAGCUAUAAGAAAGCCUACCUGGAGAGCUCGUCCAGUGAGGAGGACCAUUACUAUCGGCCCGUCGGCUACGCCCAGAGCCUCAGCCUUGCUGGUGGGCCCUACCGCAGCGAAUCCAGCCAGCGGCAGGCCUGUAUGUACGCCAGCGCCUCACAAGGCGCUGAGCCCGUUCCCAGUUUGGAGGACAUCAGCUGCAACACUUGGGCUAGUGUCUCACCCUACGGUGGCUGUUCCGUCACCACCAUGCAGCCAAUGGAGCGACUGCCCUACCAGCACUUCUCUGCUCAUUUCACCUCAGGGUCUCUGGUGUCCAGACUAGGAGGGGUGGGGGGCCACGCCUCUCCGCAGCUGGGUGACGGCCACCAUCCGGCUAUGUACCAGAGUUCCAUGACCCACCAGACUCUGGGCCGCCAGUGCAGUCCUGGAGCUGGUAUCCAGUCGCCAACUGCUGGCCUACAGGGAAACGAGUACCUCUAUACACAUGGCAUACCACGUACACUAUCGCCACACCAGUACCACUCAGUACAUAGUGUAAGCCUCAUGCCAGAAUGGAGCGAGAACAGCUAAAAGAGUUUUUUUUUUAUCGUUCAAAUACAAAUAUUGAAAUAAAAAAAUGGAAAAGGACCAAAAUAAUGCAGGGUUUAGAUGAAAUUAUAUUUAUAUUUUUUUGAGUAUGUGUUGUUAUUCAUCUUAAUGAGAUCCUUCUCGGUUCACUGACAUCAAUGAAAAUUCAUAGAAUGGUGUUGGCUUGGAUAGAAGGCAUCUCAUCACUUAACUUGUUGUGACAGCAUCUGCACUUAUAAGCAAAUGGGUUGAGAAUGAAUAAAGAGGAGCUGGACCUGAACAAAGACUGCUCAAGUGCACAGAACACUGACACUGAACAGAAGGACAGAAAUGCCUCGGAUGCUUGGCCAACAGUCCCCAAGUUGGCCGUGUUCUCGUGCAGUGGUGUUUUUUGGACGUCUGUGUUUGAAGUGAGACUAGUACGUAUAUUUGAAGUCUUUUCUAACAAAAAAUCUUGUUUUUGUAUUCAUGUCCCAAAUUUGUGUUUUUAAAAAAGGACGUUGGUCUUCUGUCACGUUAGUCCAACUUCUCAUUUUCUUUCUUUUUGUAGUUAACGAUUUACUUAGUAAAACUGCUAUAUGUUUAAAAAAUGAAUAAGCAGAUGUGAGCUUUUGUUGUGGCUUCUUGGUGACUAUGCUUGCUCUUUAAUCUCUCAGAAGGGUGACUGUGUUUCCUACUUCAUGGGUACAUUUAGAUGCACAUCAAAAAUGUGAUAUUAAUUCCAUUUCGAAAGCCGCAGCUGUAAAAACCAGGAACAGGGCAGCUGUUCAGCUAAAAUGUUUUUUUAAUUGUGCAGAUGUUUCGGGCUAAUGUCCUCCUCGCCAAGUAAAGUGACAACACUGUCAGAAGAGGUGUAAAAAUGUAAACGAUGACAAGACUUAGGAGAGUAAACCUGAACUGUAUUCAAACUGUUAAUGAUUUAAUCGGCUAUGUUUAGUACUUGGAGCUACUAGUCAUCCAGUUUAUAGAGUGCACUACACAGUGGCAUAGUCAAGUCACAUUGUGUCAACAUAACACAACACCAAAAAUCCUUCACAGCACCAUAAUAAAACAUCAAGUUUACCCUCCCUGUAUCCAGAUCUACAACCUGCUCUUAGGUAUUCACAACACACACUUUGAAGCUGCAUCAACAGAACUGUGUCCUGUCCUCCUUGGAUGGCUUAUAAAAGAACCUAAAGAUUAAUUAUUCUCUAUGGAUGUAUACGUGAGAACUGGUUGCUAACAGACUAAUGAUAGGUGGUAUCUGUCUGUGAGUUGGUCACCUUGCUGUGCAGUUUCUCUGUCCCCUUAUUAUGCAAUUACUACAAUUUAAAGAUGGGCAAAAAAAAGUAAACUCAGGCCAGAAAGGCAGAUUUCUAAGCAACUCCUUUAUUUAAUAAGGUUUAAUAUUUAAACACCAUUAAAACAUAUACGGUAUGGUGCCUCAUUUUCUGUACAGCUUUUGGUACAAUUGGCCUUUGUUGUAACUCCAUUCUGCAGAUGCCUUAAAACUAACAGUAAUAAACAAUGUGCAAAAGUGAAUUAAAGCUAGACGUUUGGUGCAGACCAUGCUCCAAUCAUACGUAAGCUUAAUUACACUGAACAAUUAUAUAAAAGUGGAGCUAAUUCCACAAAAAUACUUCGUCACAGUAGGGUAAUAUGGGUUUUUAUGUCUAAAUGUGUGCAAUGGUCUCUAGAUAUUUCAUAAGAGUUUCAAAAACAGUCCAGACUGGCAUUCAAAGAUGGAUUUUUUUUCCUUGGUGCUUUGUCAUUUUGCCAAAAUCUUGCCACAGCCUACAGUAUUUAUGUAUGUGGAGUGUAAAACAUAACACCUGAGAGUGACCUACGGUAUACAGAGAUUCGGGUCAUCAUUUGAGGUGGCAUUGUUGCAUCUCUGGGUAAUUUAUAUCUGAAGUGUUGAACUAAUAACUAUAGUUUGCCGUCUUUCUGUAAUGAAAUCUAAAUCUGAAGGAUAUUUCUCAUGCAAAUUCUGAUUGUGUGUUUUAUGCAUCUCAUGUUGUACCCAGUGAAUGUGUGAGUGACUCAAAUAAUUUGCAUUAAUCCUCAAAAUGGCACUUCUCCGGAAAACAGCAGUCGGAUGCCUCGGAGUAUGAAUUUAAAAAUGUAAAACAAAAUUUACUUGAUACACGUUAUGAAGCCAGGGUCAGCUUCACCACACAAAUGAGUGUAGAGGUAUGUUUGACAUGUGGACAAAGGCUAAUUCUCAAACGCUUGUAGUUCGAUAGAAUGUUUUUUUGUCAAUAGUAUUUAUUUUUCAACUAUGUAAAUCAGCUUGUUCCUGCAUGUAUCAAAGAUAGAUGGUCCAGUUUCUUUUCUUUUAUAGCCUGCUUUUAUUUUGUUUUUUUGAUUGUAUAGGAUUUUCUAAUCAUACCUAUAUAGAAAAUGGAAGAUUACAGCUGUCUAAUAGUGUCAAAACAAGAUUGAAAAACCAUAAAGAAUUGAGUAUCUAU